AUGACUCGCCAUGGUAAAAAUGCUACGGCAUCAGCGGUAUAUUCAUAUUCGGAAAGACGAAAAGAUGCUAAAGAAUCCGGUUAUGGUACUUUGCAUCAAAGAUUAGGUGCUGAUUCAGUUAAAGAAUUUGAUUGCUGUUCGAUUACUUUGCAACCUUGCCGGGAUCCGGUAAUAUCACCAUAUGGAUAUGUAUUCGAUAAGGAAGCCGUAUUGGAAUAUUAUUUAGAGCAGAAGAAGGAAAAUGCGCGAAAAUUGAAGGAAUGGGAGAAACAGUGUAAAAAAGAAGAGGAAGAAGCAGAAAGGGAAAAACAUCUAGAUGAAGAGCUGAAACUGAAGAAAUUCAGAGAGGUUGAAGGUACGCCAGCACAUCCAGGAAUAAGACGGGAUGUAGACGGCGAUUGGCCUACCACUUCUGCUGGUGCUACCCCUUCUGGAUCUAAAACUAACAAACGCAAAAUACUUGACAGUGAUCGAUCUAAUGUUAAACGAUUGAAAGAGGAUGAUAUUUCAAAUGUAGCGGGCGAAAAGGCAAAAGAAUAUCCAAGUUUUUGGAUUCCACAGUUAAAUCCGACUGUUGAAGUCAAAAUUGAAAAGCCGGAGCAGCGUGUUUUUUGUCCUCUCUCUGGCAAACCUCUAAAAAUCAAGGAAUUGAUGCCGGUAAAAUUCACUGUAAUGCCUGAUGAUAAUGGGAAUAAGAGUUUGAUGUCUCGGAAGGUGCGGUAUAUGUGCCCUGUAACGCAUGAUGCACUCACUAAUACAACCCGAUGCGCAUAUUUGAAAACAAGCCAAAGUGUUGUUACGAUGGAUUGCGUCGAGAAAAUAAUUAGAAAAGAUAUGAUAGAUCCACUGAAUGGAAAACCAAUAAAGAAUAAUGAUAUAAUUGAAUUACAAAGAGGUGGUACAGGAUUUGCUUCAACCAAUGAAGUGGAAGCUAAGUUGGUACGACCUCAAUUGGAAUUGCAAUGA